ACUUUAUUAAUUAUAUAAUAAUUUAAAAUAAUUUAAUAACAAUUAUAAAAUAAUGUAAUUAUUCAAGUAAUGCUAAAGCAUUUAACUACAUUUCUUUUAACAUAAAUGCUCUGACAAAUUUAUACAUACAUUGAUAAAUAACUGUUGAAUUCAUCGAAAGCAAUAUUGGUUUUCUAUCGAUUAUAUAACUCAUAAGUCUGAAUAAGUAAUAAUGGUAACCUUACUCUUAAUAAAAUUUCCAAACUCAGAUAAUAUUAUAAGAGAAAGAAGGAAAAAAAAGAAAAAGAGAAAAAGAGAAAUAUCGCCGAUCUGUAAAUAAGAAAGUUUGUUACAAAAAUUUUCCCUUUUUCCCCCAGAUUGUACUGGCUAUUGAUGGAUAUAAAAUAAUUUUUGCACUUAUUAGACAAGCUAUAAGUUAAGAAUCCGAGAUACCGGUAGUAAAUAUAAAUAUAAUUUUACGCUUGUAUACGCACCGGUGAAUCCCCUUUCACUUGCUUAGGAAGCUGAUAAGAAAAUCAUACAGACGAAAAUAUCUAUGUAUGUGUAAAUAAUCUCAUCAUAAUUUACACACACAGUCAAUUACCAUAACUUUUUAUAGUAUAUUAAAACUUAAUAAAAACAUUCCCCAUAUUUUUAUACAAACUUUAUAUAACUUUCUGUAAAUUUAAAAUUGUCAGACAUAGCAGCAAAUAUUUGAUUGAUUCUUUAUAAAGAUAUAACUAAGGACAAAAAUUUGUUGCCAUUGUGUAUUUAACCAGCUAUUCUUAAGGCAACAAUUAGAUUGUUAUAAAGCAAUGUGUUUCUUUCAAUUUUAAUUUCACAGAAAAAGAAGAAUUGCCACUGACGAAAUAUGACAAUAAAUCUAGUAUGCAACUCUAUCUUUUCUUAGAAAGUAAUGGAAUGUUGCGAUAGAUAUACACUUAUACAUUUGCAAUUAAACUGCGAGAGAGUUUAACUAGCUUGAAUCGCAACCGAACUCGACUUUUAGUAUCUUUUUGUUGGCGGCAAUUCAUUCGUGCACGGUCCCCUGGCUUGCUCACGCUUGCUCGCGCAUUGCAUCGUGCCGCUUCAGUUAUCGCAAAUCAACGAGUAGAUCCGUACAAUUCAAGAGAAACUCGAUAUUUCUUUCCGAUAUUAUGCAAAAAUGUAUCCCCACCAUUUAAGUCAUUGUUUAACGACGUCUACGUCUGCGCAAGCGGUCGACAGUCAUCGUGAAGUUCUGAGACACGAAAGUCUCACGUGAAUCGGCUCCAUUAUCGCAUCUUGACGAAAUAAUAACUUUCCGUGAUCGAACUUCAAACCAUGUGCCUAUGUCUUAUCGUUGUUCAGUUACGGUAACAAUAAUAUGCAUUAAAUAAUAUAGUACAACAUGUAAUUCGUGAUGUGAUGCGAAUUCUGUAAAAUAUAUGUAACAUGUCUGAAUACCUGAAGAUUAACUUCAAGGAGAAAGAACGUUAUUUGUUUAAUAUGUGGAAGUGAAGUGCAUCAAUUUGUACGAGAUUGUUGAGAAUAACUUAGUAUACGUAAACUGACCCAAUGUUCUCGAGCAUCAAUUAAAUAUCUUCCAGAAUGGAGCCACGCGCAGGAGUGCUUAUCUUCUGUUUACUGUGUGUUGCGCGCACAUCGAAAAUGCAUCCGGAAGAAAUCGCCGAGUUCGAAGCAGGAUCCUUAACCUACGAAGGUCUCUCGGGGAUCCCCAUACGGGAAACCAAUGAGACCGAUAAGCAACCUACAGAUAAGCUUCGCGAGAAGAGAGCUCUCGGUCUUUUGUUAUCAGGUUUAGCUCAGAUUUUUGGUUAUACUGUGACUCCAAUCCAAGUCGCUUCACUGCCAAACCCGAACACCACGAGACCAGCCGCGAUGUCGAACUCGACGAUGAAAGGCAAUGCCAUGAAGCAGCAAGGUGCAUCUUCUCGACCUGCCUCGAUGAACGCCACGGUGCCAAGGCUACAGGAGACCAUCAGGUUCACAGGUGUGCUGAACUUCGGCAAUAACUCGGACAUCAUAGGACACCUCCAGCGCUACGAGCAGAUCUUUCACGGUCGUGGCAACAACACGACAGGUACACCGAAGCCCGCACCGAUGCCUUCCGCGAAUGUCUCAGUAGAUCCGAGGACGAAUUCGCCGACCAAAGCGCCGUUGUUAGCGCCGUUCUUCGUGAAGAUUCCGUUGCCGAUUGCACCUAAUCUGCCGCCAGCUACGCUGUCCAUCGGAGAUAUCAAGUAUCCUGUCCCACUGGUUUCAAUCGUGAGCGAAUCAAAUGAGAACGCGGAACCACCGGUUCGAAAGGAGCAGGAGACAGUAUACAGGAAUAACGAGGACACUGAACGGUAUACGGUGGAGGAGAAAGAUAUCUAUGAUGAAAAAGAUGUAAGGCAACCGGCAAGCAAAUAUAGUCAUGAAUUAUACAUCGACGAUUCGAGGUACAAUCAGCAACAAGAUGAUAGAUACGAUGAGGUGCAACAUAAGCAGCAGGAUCACGUUCAGAGACUGAAGGAACAGAAUGAACAAAGAGAUCGUGAAAAGGAUACUUACUACACGGAAGACGAGAACAACGAGAAAUACAGGAACCGAGAAGAGGAAAUCGCCAAUCGAAAUCGAGAAUACUCUUCAAAGUACGAACCGAAGGAGAAGACGAGACCAGAACACGAUGAUGAAGAAGAUGAAAAUUCCGCGGAAAGAUAUGAGGAGCAUGAAAACCAGGCAAACGACUCAGGCGAGUCCUCGAAACAGCCGACAGAGAAUGAGGAAAAUAAAACUGAAGACUACUCGGAUGAAAAUAAUGAUCCGAACAAACAAUUUGACGGAUACAAGUAUCCUGACAGCUUUGACAAGUAUGUAGAAGUGGGUUAUAAUCAGCGGUUGCCAAUCGGCGACUACUUCCACGAGAGUAACCCUGAAGCGAUCCGCGACAGCUACGGUGAAGUUUUAGAUAACAAGAAACAAGAGGAUGACAGGCUCUCCGGUUAUUUCAGCAUGUUCAAGAACCCGUACACCAGCGUGUACGAUUCGCAGGAAGUACGAAAUCCUGAAGACGCGUCGAAGGAGGGCGAAAAGCAGACAUCUGCGGCGCAUGGUUACGACGAACACUUGGACAAACUGCAGAAGCUCCGAGAUGAGUACGCUUUACCGGAGAAUAAAUACGAGGAGUACGAUAUAAACGACGAGAGCGAGGCGGACAGAAACGACAGAGGGAGUGAAAGGGUUCAGGACCGCGCCUCGGCAAAAUCAAAAAGUCGCAAAACGAACCGUCUUCACAGCACAAAGGACAAUCGUGCGAAAACGCAAACUGGAACGGACAGGAGCGAAAUGUCACGCGGCGAUGUCGCGAAAUCCGAGGAUGUGAACUCGCAGGAAGAGAUCGAUUUCGUAAGGUACACACCUCUAAUCGUGCCUGUACGUUACGUUGAUGCGAGCGACAAGUUGGAGCAAGCAACGAGUCAGCGAGGAUACGACAAAGAAUCGGAUAAAUCGCCGCGCAGCCAGUUUCCCGAAGGUAACGUUGACUCCACUGUGUCCAACGAGAAGCUGACUUUGCCAAUCGGUUUGCCCCAAAGGCCGCAGCAGUUGCACGAGGAUGAACGAAAACAGCUGCACAUAUGGCCGCCGCCAUUCGACUACGUCUUCGACAACACGGAACCUGUGAACGCCAUCGUUCCGCCGGACUCACAAAAUCAUCCUCUAAAUUAUCAACAUGUCGCAAAGAAUAUUGCAGCGAAUGACGCGAAUAACGAUAACUCUCCGGAAGCACCUUCCGGUUACGUGGUGGUCGUUGGUAAUCCGGAGAGCUCGUACAGAUAUCCCUAUAACGUCUACUAUGUUCCCAACGAAGCUGUGAACGCGAACCAAAAUCCUCAUCUAAACGUCGAAGGAACGUACUCGCAAGAGCAAAUCUAUGUUCCUCAACAACAUGUGAAUCAACAGCUGAUCCAAGCAAAUCCCAAUGUCACCAGAUAUAACUUGAACGAGACUACAAGAGAUUUUCGCGAUUAUUACUAUCAGCCUCAAGAAACCCCGAUCAACCAUCUCGAUCGUUACAAAUACGUCUUUGAAGAACGUACCUCUCAAAAUAAAGAGUCGCCUAAUGUCUACGUAAGAAAUCAAGCAACUAAUACCGAGAACUGGUCCAACAGGAUACAUCGAUCCCGAGAUGAGACUGAACAAUCCUCACCGAUCCAACUGCAGAAUACUGGACCUUCAAAUCAGCGUGUGCAAAUUAGUAAAUCUUUGGAAAGAUCAUAUUAUUUGCAGCCGCUACGAAGAAGACAAAAGGAUUCGCAGCCAGAGGACCAACGCAAAGAUGAUGGGAAGCUGAACGCUCCAUCGCGACAACACAUCCGGAGAAGCAAGCCCUUUGACGAUCCUCAGAGUACACAAAAUUCCUUUGGCUUCAGGAAAGCUGGUAACAGCUUUGCAGGUGAAAGCAGUAAUGUGUCGAGAAUUAUCGGAGGGAACAGCAAAAUUAAAAAAAAGUCCGGUGUGCUCGUUGCACCGGAACCGACUGCUGCUUAUCGCAGCAACGAAAGCCCGACGAAACACAUCGAUGAACCAGAACAUAACGCGGAGAAAGCCAACGGCAAGGAGUACAGGAACAAAGUGACGACCUUGAGAACGUUGGAGCAAAGACCGAGACCGAGAUCGAACGGACCGGCUCAUUACGUGAACUUGAACGUGCGCAACAUUUAGUCGCAGUAUUUCAAAGGGACCAAUUAUAGAAAAAUGUGCGACGUUUUACGUCUUGUUUUGCGUUAUUAAUAAAGAUAUUAAAGCUUCUUUCGUAAUAUAAGAAAUGUACAUGUUUGAUGUAGCAUUCAUUGCUGCAUUCAUUUUUGCACAGUUUUAAAAUUGCAUGUAAUAUUAAUUGAUACAAAGUUUGUACUUUAUGUGGGUAACAAAAUGUAAUACAAUUUAUUAUAUUAGAUAAAUUAAUAAUAAACAUAAUAAUAUCUAUGGACUGUGUGGUAUAAAACAUAAUCGUGCAAUACGUAUCAAUGUAUUUGUAAAAAAUAAAAAGAUUUUCCUGUUUAAGAAUUCAAGAAUAUAUCAUAUUCGAGACCAUA